AUGUCGUCUUCAUCCUCGUCGUCUCAACUUUCAGGCGGUGCCGUCGCCGGGACCGCUGUCGGUAGCGUUCUAGGGGUCAUUGCAUUACUGGCAAUGAUUUCUUUUUAUUUCGUGCGAAAGAGAAAGAAAAAUGCGAGAGAGAAUGAAGCAGAAGCAUUGGCGAUAAGUCUUCGACCGGUUUCUCGUCCUCGAGAGCUCGAUGAUCUCAUUCGGACUGUUGCACAUGAGAAGGCAACUGGUCCUCAGGAUAUCAGGGAUGAGCUAGCAAGUGAGCCAGUGGGACGCAUAAUGAAUUAA